AGGAUUCAAAAAGAGUUGGCUGACAUAACCCUGGAUCCACCUCCAAAUUGCAGUGCUAGUCCUAAAGGUGAUAAUUUGUUUGAGUGGGUGUCCACAAUUCUCGGACCACCCGGUUCGGUCUAUGAGGGUGGUGUCUUCUUCCUGGACAUUCAUUUCUCCCCUGAGUACCCAUUUAAACCACCAAAGGUAACUUUCCGCACACGCAUCUAUCACUGCAACAUCAACAGUCAAGGGGCGAUCUGCCUGGACAUCCUGAAGGACAACUGGUCGCCGGCGCUGACUGUCUCCAAAGUUUUGCUGUCCAUCUGCUCCCUUCUCACUGACUGCAACCCCUCCGAUCCGCUGGUUGGUAGCAUUGCGCAACAGUUCCUCUGCAAUAGGGAGGAGCACGAUAGGACUGCUAAGCAGUGGACAAAGAGAUACGCCACAUAA